AUGGGCAUGGGCAUCAAAGAACCCAGUGAUGGGCAUCAUGCACCAGGCACUAUCACCCUAGAUCAGGCUGCAGCAGGUUCGCAUUCCGAAGGCAGUAACUUGAAGCGCGGAUCAGGCAAGAAUUCCAACAUUGUUCUUGUCCCGCAACCCUCAGAUGACCCAAACGAUCCGUUGAACUGGUCGUCCCUCAAGAAGUCCGUGGCAUUCUCUAUCAUUCUCAUGGGAACUGCCUUUAUCUGUGUCAUCCCGGCUCCGAUGCUCAAUGCCGGAAUCGUCCAAGUCUCGGUAGACCUCCAACGAUCGUUCUCCGACAUUGCCAAACUCAACGGAUACCUUCUACUGGCUGUUGGAGCAGCAGCACCUCCAGCGUCAGCCUUUGCCCGCAAGUACGGCAAGCGCCCUGUCUUUGUGGUCUCCUCUGUGCUUGGCUUGGUCGGCUGCCUCGUCGCUGAGUUUGCCAACAACUACAACACCCUUGUUGCCGGACGAUUACUACAAGGGAUAGGUGGAUCGGCAUACGAAUCGCUUUGCACGUCGGUCGUGAACGAUAUCUACUUUGUCCAUCAACGUGGUCUCUACGUUGCUAUUGUUAUCUUCUUCUUGAGCAGUUUAAGCAAUGGCGUGAGCGUCCUGGCUGGGGUUAUCACUACCAAGCUCGGGUGGCCAUACAACUUCCACAUCCUUCUACCAUUUGUGGUGGUGCAGACUGUCUUGGUGUUUCUUUUUGUGCCUGAAACCGUGUACAAUCGAUCCCCUCUUCUCAAUAUUGAUCGGACAGCUUCCAUUUUCGAACAAGACAUCUCAGAAGAGAAGGACUUGCAAGCAGGUCACGUCGAAGUCGCCGAUACAAAAACUGGAGUUCCGUCACCUGCACAUCCCGAGUGGGUUGAUGGUAGCCAAGCCCCGAAGCCAAAGUCUUUCCGGCAGGAACUUGCCUUGUAUAACGGCGUAUUUACCCGCAAAUCUCUAUUGUCCAUGAUGCUGGCUAGUCUUGCCAUUGUCCUGAACGUCAUCGCAUCCUACAAUGUCUUGGUUUCUGGCCUCGUGAUGGCCUGGUUUGUUGCCAUGUCAGUUCUCGCAGGCGUCAUGUUUGCCGCUCCACCAUGGACAUUUGACUCGGCUUCUAUUGGCUAUGUGUCUAUAGGGCCUCUUGUUGGAGGAGCUAUCGCUAUGAUCAUCCUGGUUCUAGUUUCUGAUCCCAUAAUCAGAUCCAUGACCAAGCGAAACCAAGGCGUCUAUGAGCCCGAGUUCAGACUGGUGCUUGCAGGCAUUGGUGGUGUCUUUACAGUCGCGGGCUUGGUCGGAUUCGGUCACGCCAUUGAGGCCCAGGUUUCAAUCAUUGGUAUUUCUACUAUCUGGGGCAUAACUCUGUUUGGCAUGAGCAUUGUCGCUAGUGUCACCAUGACCUACGCAUUGGAUGCGCAACCUGCCCAUGCAGUCGAGAUCUUUAUUAUGAACAUCACAUUUAAGAACUUCUUCUUUUAUGGGCUUACCAAUUUCAUCGUUGAUUGGUACAUGAGUGGCGGAGCUGCUCAACUUUUUGAUACUAUCGCCGGUAUCACUGCAUUUCUUACCCUACUCACCGUUCCUAUGUAUUUCUAUGGAAAGAAAUACAGGCGCUAUUGGAGUCAGCAUAACCUUCUCGUCAAGUUGAAGCUGGACGAGAGCCCAGACACUGGAAACUAG